UUGCUUAUGUCUGUUUGCGUUAUUAAACGCACACAAAAGAGAAGAAUCAGUUAUCUUCAUGAAAACAUGAAUUACGCGAGUAAUCCGCCUCCUUCUGUAAACAAAUGCCCUCAGGUAGUUUGCAAGAUAAAAAGCACCUAAACGCACCACUGCUCAUUGCUACGGCCCAAAGAUACACAUAUAACUAACGAAAUGAAAAAUUAAAUGGAAAAAUACUGUAUUUAUCCCAGAGGGAAAUUACAACAAUAACAAUUAGAUUAUUCAAAUAAUAUAUUCCAUGAAUCAUGAUGAAUUGAUGUGUCAUGAAAUGUAAUGUCUGCUUUACACGUGGAGUUUACAUUAGACAAGUCAUUUCAAAAAGGACUUUACAUCUUGUGAAAACACUUGUAAUAUGUAAGCUUUUUUUUUUAGCUCUAAGGUCUAAAAAGUCACAAUAUAUUGACAUCUGUUUUAAAACAGACUCCAAUUUCAUAAAAACAUUCCUCUAAAUGUGUCUUAAAUGUCAUCUAUUUGCCCUUUCUUUCCUGGUUGUGUUGUGCUUUUAAACUCACAUUUUUGUGACACAGACGUGUCAUUUCAUAACAUUUUUGUUUUUAUAAGCUGCCACUGACUUUACAUCCUACCUCUAGCUUGUCAGCUUUCAACAUGAAGUCGAGUGAAGCGUCUCCGACUGCUUCAGUGUGUUGAUAUUUGACCCCGCUGAAGAGCUCACCGAACUCAACGUCAUGGUUUGAGGAGAUGUCUUCUGUGUGGCAGCAGGAGCCGGCGGGUUAUUCCCCCUGCAUAGAGAUCGACUCCAGCUCCGUAAGGACCAAAGACCAGCUCAGCCUGCCGGCGUGGCUGAAACAGGAGCAAGACGACUUCCGGAUCAUCAAAUGGGAGAAUUUCCAAACUGGAGCCUCUGCAGACGCUGUUCAGGACAACACACCCAGCAGUGCCAUGUCUGCUGCCUCACAUGUUGAGAGUCUGCCCCCGAAGGUGCUGCUGACCAUCACCAAGCUGCAGUGCAUGCUGGAGAGCAAACAGGAGCGCAUCCUUGCACUGGAGAAACAGGUGGAGGACCUGAUGCAGGACCGCAAGUUCCUGCGCAGCCAGAUAGAAAACCUCACGAGUACUCGCUCCAUGGCGGCGUUUGCUUCACCUUGUUCAGUGUCCAAAGCUCCUAAACCAAGCAAGCUGCAGCAUUCAGAAAGCAAAUCUCGAAAAAGAGAGAAGGCUUCUUCUAGUUCCAGCGCUAGCAGCGUCAGCGGUUCUGAGGCGUUCGACUCUUCCGAGAUGUCGGCGGCUUCAAGUGAACACAGACGGAGGAGACAUCAUAAAGACAAGAAGAGAUCAAAGAAGGGGAAAGACUACAGCAGGAAGAGAGCCACUGGUGUCCAGUAUGUCAUUCAGCGCUACAAACAAGUCUUGUCUGCAUUCAUUAAGAAGAAAAACAUGAGUGAAGCCUUCCGUCAUCAUGGAAUUGACCGGAACACCAUUGCCAACACAGCAUCGAUCGCCGAGCUUCAUCUGGCUGGCAAAGACAUGGCGCACUUGGUGGGCAUGUUUCGCCAAGGGGAGGAGACUCUGGUCAGCUACGCUCAAAGAUGCACCUUGGUCAUCGACAGCGACGCGGAGCUGUCCAGAAAAAUAGAGCAGAUGAAAGCCAGCGGCGAGCUUCUGCCCAUCUCAGGAAAAAGAACAAAGUUGUUGCAUUCUCACCUGCAGCCACUAGGGGGCACUGCAGAAAGCAUUUUAAUUGGUUGAUGUCAAUUUAACCCCCUAUGGCAGAGGUCCCCAGCCCUGGUCCUCAAGGCCCACUAUCCUGCAGGUCUUUGAUGUCUCCCUGCUGCAGGACACCUGAUUCAGAUUAAACAGCUUUUUGACAAACUGCACAAGUCUGCUAAUGAGCCAGUAAUUUGAAUUUGGUUUGGGACCUCUGCCCUGUGGCAUGGUGUUGCCCUCAGGCAACAAACCACAUAUCUGGUCCUCACACUGCCCCUUUAAGUUUAUUGAUGAGGUAAAAAAUUUGAAAAAUCUCUAAACAUGUCUGUGUCCAGUAAAAAGUGGGGUUGAAGUGCAUGUGACCUAUUAGCUGGGAGUGGAGCAGUCCUUUCAGGGAGCAGAGUCACAUGGUGCACACUGCUAGCAUUUGGCAAGAUGCACAUCACUUUUCAACAUGUUUAUAUUUGUGGUAGGUUUAAAUUUAAAAUAUGCUCAUGUAAAGAAGUGUUUUUGAUCAUUUUAAAACUUAUUUUGUUAUUAUUUGUAUAACGUUUUUUUUGGUUGCCUGAGGGGAACACUGUGCAGUUAGGGGACUUUGUUUAGACGUCAUUCUACAGUGAAUAUGUGCUUAGUUGCACAAUAAUGACCGUAGUGUUUUUUGUUACUUUACCAUUGACAAAAGACUUACAGGAGGUGGACUUAAAACACUUUGGAAGUGGAAAGUUCAUGAUCGAGGAGUUAAGCAGAGAAUACGUGUAAGUAUGUCCAUCAUGGCUGCCUCAUGUUUUCCUUUUUUAAGCUUGUUUGAGCACGUCUUCAGAAAUCUGUGCUAUGUUUUUACAACCUCCAUUAUGAAAGCAACUAGUAGAGGGAGUGUAGGGACGAAAUUAAUUGGAUGUAAGGUCACAGAGUUGACAGCGGUAAAAAUGAUAGAAACUCUCCAAAUUCUGCAAUUCUAUCCAAUAAGAGUUUGCUAAUGUGCCUCCUGGUGAAAUGCUCUGAUAAUAAGCAUAGUAGUACACAAACAAGUAGGGUACAAGUAUGCUCAGAACAGAGGCAGUUGGCUACAUGGAUGCCAGGUCUAAAAACAAGAUUAUUGUUGGGCUAUGACUCGUUCCCUCAGACAGUGAGCAAGUCGUAGGACAAGUCAUUCAAAGGUGGCACCUUCAAAGGUUCUGCUGUUGACAAAGAUGGCCUGUGUGGGCCAUCUUUUACCCUAAUUUAGCUAAACUGAUCUUUAUAGGAUUCAAAUGUCAAGGGUAUAAAUAAUUGUACAUUAUCAUUGAUCAUCAUUGAGAGUACAGCGGUACCUCUGAGGGCGCCACCCCAACAACAAUCCUUUGUUCCCCUAAAGAUUCAAUUAGGUACUUUAUUUUCUGAGUGUGUGGAGACCGCGAGGAAGAGUGGAUCCUAACAUCAGGCCUGAGACAUAGUUAAGGGAUGAAGGGUCAAGCGAAUGUCAGUCAGAGCAAUAAAGUGUGUGUGGUUUGUGUGUGUUUAAGUGUAUGUAAGUGGGCUACAGCACAUGUUCAAAACUCCACUUCCUGUUUGCUUUUUUAUAGGUAAACGUCCACGUGAUCAUGAGGAGACUGUGUUUACUUUGUUUAAUGUGUUGGAACCAUUUCUGGGUUAUUUAUGUCUAAAUAAACUUGUUUUCUAAUGAAGAAAUGUGAGGUUGACUUAUAUACCACCUGUUAUACUCCUACUACUACUGAAUUUUAGAACCCUUAUAGCACAGUGUUGCCCUGAGGUAAAAACCCAAAUCUUGCCGGGGGGUCAGAUUUAA